GGGAACCGCCGAGGCCACCACCGGGUCCCCAGCGCCGCCGCCGACUCCGCGCCCCACCGCCACCCGAGCCGUCCCCGCGCCCCUGCCUGCUGGCGGCGGGCGUGAGCGCCGUGGCCAGCCUUUGGCCGGCCGGUGGGCAGCCGGCACCAUGGCCGCACCGGAGCCUCUGCGGCCGCGUUUGUGCCGCCUGGUGCGCGGCGAGCACGGCUACGGCUUCCACCUGCACGGCGAGAAGGGCCGCCGCGGGCAGUUCAUUCGGCGCGUGGAGCCCGGUUCCCCGGCGGAGGCGGCCGCGCUGCGCGCCGGAGACCGGCUGGUCGAGGUCAACGGCGUCAACGUGGAGGGUGAGACGCACCACCAGGUGGUGCAGAGGAUCAAGGCCGUGGAGGGGCAGACUCGGUUGCUGGUGGUGGACAAGGAGACGGACGAAGAGCUCCGCCGGCGGCAACUGACCUGCACCGAGGAGAUGACCCAGCGAGGGCUGCCGCCUGCCCACGACCCCUGGGAGCCAAAGCCAGACUGGGCACGAGGGGGCAGCCUCAGCUCUGAGGUCGCCCAGAAGGAUGUCAACGGGCCCCUGAGGGAGCUGCGCCCGAGGCUCUGCCACCUGCAAAAAGGCCCCCAGGGCUACGGGUUUAACCUGCACAGUGACAAGUCCCGGCCCGGACAGUAUAUCCGCUCGGUGGACCCGGGCUCACCUGCUGCCCACUCUGGCCUCCGUGCCCAGGACCGACUCAUAGAGGUGAACGGGCAGAAUGUGGAGGGGCUGCGCCACGCGGAGGUGGUUGCCAGCAUCAAGGCACGGGAGGACGAGGCCCGGCUGCUUGUGGUGGACCCCGAAACAGAUGAGCACUUCAAGCGGCUGCGGGUCACACCCACCGAGGAGCAUGUGGAAGGUCCAUUGCCAUCACCAGUCACCAACGGGACCAGCUCGGCCCAGCUCAAUGGUGGCUCCGUGUGCUCGUCCCGAAGUGACCUGCCUGGCUUAGACAAGGACACUGAGGAUGGCAGCACCUGGAAGCGCGACCCUUUUCAGGAGAGCGGCCUCCACCUGAGCCCCACUGCAGCCGAGGCCAAGGAGAAGGUGAGAGCCACCAGGGUCAACAAGCGGGCGCCGCAGAUGGACUGGAACCGGAAGCGAGAGAUCUUCAGCAACUUCUGAGCCGUCCCUGCCUGUUUCCUGCCGGGCUCCUCCUGCACGGACCUUGGGCCUUGCCCCUCGGGCCCGCCCAGAGCUCCCCUCAGUGGACUGGAGGGGGCAUCCUUACCCCCCAAGCCGUGGUGGUCCCACCACCACCCAAGAACCAACCUGUGCCCCAGUGAGACCCCGUCCUGCCCCCCACCCGCUGGGUGCUAGGGGAGUGUGGCAGCAAGAUGGAGAGAGAGAGCCCCUGAGAUGUGAGAUACCCAGAGAGACAGUGAGGGGAUGUGGGGAGAGGAAGAGAGAGGGAGAGGCGGGAGAGGGGGGAGAAGCAGUGGUGACCCGCGGGGCCCGGCCCUUGCUGCUCUGCCUGGGCCUGCUGACUUAAAGGAAUUUGUGUUUUUGCUUUUUUUCCAGAAAGAGCUCUAGCUCCACACAUGUUUCCACUUAAUACCAGAGCCCUGCCCCCACCCCCCUCAGGACGUGCUCUCUAAAUAAUUGCAAUAAAACAAACCUUUCUCUGCAAACCAUUUUCUCCCCACCCCCUCAGCAGCAGCCAUCCCAAGCGGGAGUGCCAGGGACGUCCAGGGACAGAGUUGGGGGGCUUGCAGGCCAUGUUCAUGCAGGCUUUGGGGGGUGCUGGGGAUGCCAGAUGUGGCUGUGAGAGCUGCCCCUCUGCCCCGUCCCUGCCCUCCCUGGGGUGGGGGGUCUGGGGUACAGGGCCUGGGCUCCUUGAGGGGCCUGAGGAUGGAGGCCCUGUGCCCCUGAGGAGGGCAGACUCUGGACAGGCCCCUUGUCCCUGCACGGCAGCCCCCAGGCCUUCAGGGUGUGACUGUGUGAGAGCCUGCCCCCAGGGAGGACCCUAGGCUCCGGGCUUGGCCCCUGCUGGGAGCCUCCCCCCAAGGAAACCCCACCGACUCUGUCUUCCCCCUGCCCAGAACCUGACCGACCGACAUCGCUGUCUGCCCCAUAAGCCAUAGCACAUGCGCGCCUUCAGAAUAAACAGGCCUUCCUUGGAC